CAAAACGCAUCACACAUACAAAGGCAAAAAGAAAAUAAGCAGGCUGCGUACGAAAAGUUGAGAAAAUUUAAUAAACGCUACCAACGGCAAUUUGUGCUAAAACAAAUUAAACAAUAAGUUUUCUGUGUGUGUCGUCCCAAUAACAGCAGCAAGAUAACCAAGUUUAAUAUACGUCUAGAUAACAUCAUGUCGAAAAAUAAAAAAUUGUCGCUAUCGAGCGACUCGACAGAGAAAUUUAUCUACAAGCCUAAGGAUUUAAUUUGGGCUAAAAUGAAGGGAUUCACACCUUGGCCAGGCAUGAUUGUCGAGCCACCGCUUGAUCUGCUCAGUCAACAGCGACGUGCAAACACCAAAUGUGUUUUCUUCUUUGGCUCUCGCAAUUUCGCAUGGAUUGAAGAGCACAAUAUUAAACCGUUCGAGGGACCAUGGAAGGACGAACUAGCCAAAGUGAGCAAACCGGCCGCUUUUCGCCAUGCGAUGGCCGAUAUUGACAAAUAUGUGGACAAUCCCACGGAGAUUGAUGGCCAAAUCGAUGUCAGUUGCGGCAUGGGCAACCAUGCCACCGAGGCGGACUUUGACAAGAUUCGCGAUGGCCUCGACAGCGAUGAGAAUCCCGAUGCAGCAGCGGUGGCUUCCGAUACCAACAACGGCGUUGUACCGCAUGUAGUUGGCAGCCCAGAUGAUGAGUCCGAAGUACCGCCUUUAGCCAGCGGGAACAAUGCGGAUGCCGUCGCCGGUGCAACGUCUCCAGUUGUGUCGACAACGCCAACGGCCAAGAGUCAAGUGAAACGCACACCGAAAGCCAAAUCAAGCGCUGCGGUCGCUGUAAGCAGCAAACAGGCAAAUAAGGCAGCAUCAGCGAAAUCGGCCGCAGCUCAAAAGCGCCGCGUCUCCUCGCAUUUGACGCCAACUGGUCCUUUGGGAUCAAGUGGCAAGCGCGGGCGUCGCGUUGCGUCCGGUGAUGUUGAUCAGUAUGAGAGUCCGGGUGGAGAUUACGAUGGCGCCAGCUCAUCAUCGUUGGCAGCUCGUGCGCGUAUAGACACAGAAACCUUUUUGGGCACUUUAACCAAGCGAGCACCAAAUGCAAUUGCAUUGUUGGAUCGACCGGUUGUUACGCGACCGGAGACAAAGACCAUUGACAUGAACUCGCGCUCCAAUACGUUGGCAGAUCGCGACAUUGUGGCAUCGGAUCAGAUAUUUGGUUUUUUGGGACUGGGCAUGAUGGGGUCAACCAUUGUAAAGGAUUUGAUCUACACAGGGCACAAGGUUGUGGUCUGGAACCGCACCAUUGAUAAGUGCCAGCCCUUUGUGGAGGCUGGCGCAGAGGUGAAGGAUACACCCAUGGACGUCGUGGAGGCGGCAGAUAUCAUAUUCUGUUGUGUAUCAGAUCCCAAAGGCGCCAAAGAUCUCGUGUUUGGCAAUUGUGGUGUCCUGCAGCUGAAAGAUUUACGCAAUAAGGCAUAUGUGGAGAUGUCCACCAUUGAUCCGGACACUUCGUUGGACAUAGGAGAGGGCAUCAAGCAAUGUAAUGGCCGCUAUCUAGAGGCUCAAAUCCAUGGCUCUCGACAGGAAGCCGCCGAAGGCAUGCUUAUCAUUUUGGCCGGCGGUGAUCGCUCAGUCUUUGAGGAGUGCCAUUCCUGCUUUAAGACUAUUGCCAAAAAUACAUUUUUCCUGGGCACAGAUGUUGGCAACGCCUGUAAAGUGAACCUCAUUUUGCAGACCAUUCUGGGAGUCAGUUUGGUUGGCUUGGCAGAGGCGUUAGCUUUGGCUGAUCGAUUUUCCAUUUCGUUAAACGACAUCAUAGACAUAUUCGAUUUAACUUCUAUGAAAUCACCACUGCUGCUGGCCAAGGGCAAGGAAAUGGCCAAGGGCGAUUUUAAUCCGCAACAGCCAUUGAGUCAUAUGCAACGCGAUUUACGGCUUGUGCUCAACAUGGCUGAGAAUUUGGAUCAGUCGAUGCCCGUGACGAGCAUUACAAACGAGGUGUUCAAGCAUACAAAACGUUUGGGUUACAGCGAGCAUGAUUCGAGUGCUGUAUUCGUAAGAUCCAGAUUUUAACAUUUAGUUAACACGACUACCAUUUAAACUAUACUUUAUCAUUUAGUUUAAAACCCGUACACAUAUACUAAACACACACCGCCCCAUAACAUAUAUAUAUUUAUAUAUAUUUAUGAAUUCAAACUGACCCACAAAACACAUACCAAUUGAGAAACGUUAAAGGAAAUAUUUACAUAGAUGCAAGCAAAUGAAUCAUAUUUGAGUAAUUGCGAUUUGAAAUUCUACUUCAUAUCUCUUUCCCAACUUGCUGCAAAUUUUAAACAAUUAAAUAACGCUCGUUAACAUACACAGCAACAACUAGGAUGACUUCAAUGCUAAUUAAAGUCUAAAACUAGGAAUCGAGCCUAUAACGUAGUGGGCAGGCGAAUACGUUGGCCUUGGGCUGAAGCUUACGAACUUGGCGCCAGGGUUUAAAAAAGCUAUGAAAACAAGACACAACAAAGGUGGAGGAUUUUGAAGAAUAUUGAAGAUCGUUCCAACGAGCUCAGAUAGCUAAGGCUCCACAUUGACGUAAAGAUCAAAAAUAAAAAUGCAUGAUGAAGUAUGAUAAUGUGUAUAAGCGGACAGUUGUAUACCUUGUGCGUUAUAAUAUAAAAUUCUGAUGUUAAUUUUAACAUUUAUUAUUAUCAUUAUUAUUGUUUUUGAUUUUGGUACCUAAAAUAUCAGCUGUCGCCUUUGUGCGGGCAACUUAAAAAAAAAUAGUUUAGAUUCGCGCCUAGGAAGGAAAUCACAAAAUUAGGCAAAUUUUCUCUUUCAAUAUAUUUUUCCCAAAUCCAUCAAUCGUAUAUGUAUUUCUGAAUGUUGCGAGGGGGAGAAUAGAUCACUAGAGUGCACAAUCGCUACAAUGUACUAAUAAAAUCCAGUGGUAUUUACAAUACUGACUAUCAUUUCUUACCAGAUAAAUAAACGUUCUUGCUUGCAAACAGACUAGAAAAAAAUUCAAUAAAAUCAUUUUAAAUUAUUUUUACACAAUUUAUUAUAUUUAUUUCAAGUAAAUAUUGUUAGAGUUUCACUUAAUGGAAAGUUAACUGUUUAGUUGGUUGCAAUUGUCAAUUCCGGUUCUUAGCGUUUAAAAAAUUGUAAAUCACAGUACCCCUUCUACCCUUUCGUUCGUACAUGGCGCAUGCUAGCAGUUUCACCCACAAUUUAGUUUAAAAUAUAUAUAUAUGAAAAACAAAUAGGAAAACAAAAAUUUUCUUAGAUAGUUUACUUUGCACAUAAAUUUUAAUAUGCAUAUUUGCUCUAUGCAAGAACUGCAAUUACAACCAUGAUUUCGUGGUUUUCGUUUAAUAUCAUUGAAACAUAUACAAUAAUACACAUUUAUAAACUCAAACAAAACACAUCUACACAACCGCACUCAACUGGAACAAAAAUAAGAAAUAGAAAAAAAAAGAAAA